GGUAUGCACCUCUAUUUUGCUGGUUUGCUAUCCACCAUUAACUGAAAGAAGAAGAAGAAGAAUCCAAAUGGCGGAAUACACAGAUCUCGGUGGCGCAGCCGAUGAGCUCCCUGAACUAUCUGACAGUGAGGAUGAAGACCAGUGGAUGGAGGAAGAAGAUGAACAUGAGACUGCAGAACGUGUGUUGUGCCUCUUCUGUGACCGGUGUCUCCAUUCUGUUUUUGAAACUUUCCAUCACUGCCAGGCAGAUCACGGCAUUAGCAUAGCAGAUUUGGUGAAAAAGCACAGGCUUGAUGACUACGGAUACAUAAAGAUGAUAAACUAUAUUAGAACAGCGAAGUGCAGCGUGGAGAGUUUGACUUUGUGUUCAGACGGUGUUUUGCCAUGGAGCGGAGAUGAGUACAUGAAGCCGGCUCUGCCUGAUGACGCACUACUGCAGAUCGAUGUGGCGGAGCUGGGCGGAGACGCGACGUGCAAUGAUGUGUCCGUGUGGGUUCGGAGAGCACAGCAGGCAGAGGAGAAUCUCAGCCGUGCCAUGGAAGACCUGCGUAAACUCAAAACACUCGCUCAGGGCCUGGUGCUGAACUCGGACGUGACGCAGAAGCAUGCAGGGAGCGUAGCCGAGCUGCGAGAAGAUGAGGACGAGGCCUAUUUCAGUUCUUACGGGCAUUACAGCAUCCACGAGGAAAUGCUCAAGGACAAAGUGCGCACCGAGAGCUACCGGGAUUUUAUGUACGGCAACCCGGAUUUGUUCAAGGACAAAGUGGUGCUAGAUGUGGGCUGUGGUACUGGAAUCCUAUCCAUGUUUGCUGCUUGUUCUGGGGCCAAGAAGGUCAUUGGUGUUGACCAAUCAGAAAUCAUCUAUCAUGCUAUGGACAUUGUUAGAGCUAAUCAUCUUGAGGACACAAUCACACUGAUUAAAGGCCGGAUAGAGGAAGUGGAGCUUCCAGUGGAGAAAGUGGACAUCAUUAUUUCGGAGUGGAUGGGCUACUUCCUCCUUUUUGAGUCGAUGCUGGAUUCUGUGAUAUUUGCCAGGGGUCGAUACCUCACCGAGAGAGGUUCAGUUUAUCCUGACCAAUGCAGCGUUAGCCUAGCAGCAGUGGGCGAUGCAGAGAAACACCGGGGUCAUAUCGCGUUCUGGGACGAUGUUUACGGCUUCAAGAUGCCAUGCAUGAAGAAGGCGGUGAUUCCUGAAGCCGUGGUCGAGGUUUUGAAAGCCGAAACGGUCAUCUCGGAGCCGACUGUUAUCCGGACUUUGGACUGUAAUACUGUCACUCUCGAUGAGCUGGAGUUCACUGCUGAUUUUACCCUGAAGAUAACAGCAAACACAUUCUGCACCGCUGUCGUGGGCUAUUUUGAUAUUUUUUUUGACCGAGACUGCACGAACAAGGUGAUGUUCUCUACAUCUCCUCACUGCACUAAGACUCACUGGAAGCAGACAGUUUUCUUUCUGGAGAAUCCUAUUCCUGUCCAAUCAGGUGACGAACUGCCAGGGCGAAUAACGGUCUGUAAAAACAAGAAGGACCCACGAGCGUUAAUUGUUACGCUAAACAUUUCCGAUUGGAAGCAGACGUACUGUGUGCAGUGAAACUCGGAAGCGCUGAUGGUUUUUAUCAAUGGGUCGAAACAGCUUUGCACAUAGAACUGAUGCAGAAUUGUUUUAGUCUGUAAAAAAAAAAACUCUGUAAUAAAACAUUGUAGAGUUUA